CAGGGCAGGAGGGAAGGAACUCAUGAUGCUGUUUCGCUUCACUCUUUCCUUCUGUCUCUCUUUCUCUCAUACACAUCAUCAUCAUCAUCAUCAUCAUCAUCGAGUGAACUUCUUGGCAUGUUUGGAGAUGCCUCCAGCUCGGGGAUGUCACGCGCUCGCACUGAACACCAGUCCUGAACCAGAAGUAUGAAGAGAAGUAAAUCCUGUUCGGGGACAACUUUCGUUUCGAGGAGCGGAUUUUAACGCAGUCUUUUGCACACCAGAGCACCACGGGCUGGAAUGAGAUGCUUUGAGAGAUUUCUAAUACUCACAGGUCUGCUGUGUGGAGGACUCUUCAUCAUCACCUCCUGGCAUGCCACGAAAGAGGGUUACACUCCUGACCAAUUCCACAAUGUUUACUGGAGGCUAAUAAGAGCGGAGCAGCGUGGGGAGGAACUUUCAUACAGGCUGUCUCGAAUGCUGGAGAAACUCAAGUACCUAAACAGCACCAAUGCUACUGUCAGCAACUCCUCAAGGAAUAUCUUAGUGAACUACACAGCUAGACCAUUUUUGUCUCCAAAAUCGCCUGCACUCCUGUACCUGCCCCACCUCAAACAGAACCACGAUAGCCUUCAGCCAAGGGUUUACCUGGGGCAAAGUCGCAGCAGAGUGUCUCUAGUGUUCGGGAUUCCCACUGUGCGCAGACAGAAACAGAGUUAUCUCGUGAACACGGUGAGCUCUCUGCUUUUCGACCUCACGCCUGAGCAGAAGUCGGACAUUGUCAUCAUCGUCUUUGUGGCAGAGACAGACAAGGAAUUUGUAAAGAGUGUUGCAAAGACCAUUCAAGAGAAUUUUCCAGAGGAUGUAAAGUCAGGACUGAUUGAAGUAAUCUCCCCGUCUCCUGCCUACUAUCCAAACUUGUCAAACUUGAAGGAAACCUUUGGAGACUCGAGUGAAAGAGUGAAGUGGAGGACUAAACAAAACCUAGACUACAGCUUCCUGAUGAUGUACGCCCAAGACAAGGGUGCAUACUACGUUCAGUUAGAGGAUGACAUUGUGGCAAAGUCGGGAUACAGUGAGUCUAUAAAGGAGUAUAUCAGCAAAGUUCACAUGGAGCAGUGGCUUUUCUUGGAGUUCUCACGCCUGGGCUUCAUAGGGAAGCUUUUCCGAACAGCGGACCUGCCCACCAUUGUGGAGUUUUUUCUAAUGUUUCACAAAGAUAAACCCAUCGACUGGCUGCUGGAUCACAUCCUCUGGGUCAAAGUGUGUAACCCCGAGAAGGACAGCAAACACUGUGACAAUGAGAAGGCAAAGAUGAAGCGCAUAUUCAAGCCCUCUCUGUUUCAACAUGUGGGUCUGCACUCCUCCCUGCCUGGAAAAAUCCAGAAUCUGAAAGAUAAAGACUUCGGGAGCCAGGUCCUGUUUAAAGCCCACCCCAACCCCCCUGCUGAGCUGAGCAGCAAUUUGAAGUUCUAUCAGAGUCAUACUCUGGACAGGGCUUAUAGAGGUGAAGACUUUCUGUGGGCUUUCUCACCCAGCGCAGAAGAUUACAUCCUGUUCCGUUUCAUUACGCCUCAAAACGUUAAAAGGUACCGCUUCAGGAGUGGAAAUAUCGAGGCAAAUGGAGAUAAGUUUUACAACACCAGCGUGCAGGUGCUGCCUAGUGAUUUGUCUGUCAGGGAACAUGUCGAGCAAGGACUUCUCCCAUGUUGCAAACCUUCCUCCGACGGCUUCAUUGUAAUAGGUUCUUUUGUGAAUGGAAUAGCAGAGGGACCAGUUGACCGAGCGCUAGGUCAAAUAAACGCCAUGCGUCUUCUUGUUCAUUCCACUGCAGACUUCUGGGCCGUCCUGAGUGAAAUCUUCAUUGAAGUUUGAUGAUCUUUGACAGCAUGAGAUGCUGAGAGACUGAUGGCUCCUCCUCCUCUCUGCGCAACAGCGCCCCCGGUGGUCAAAUGAAUUGAGGAACAAUCACAUCAUGAACCUUUUUAAUCCUUAGUUUUUCAGGUUUUUUGGAUUGCCACAGAUCCUUACUGUUACAACCAGCCCAGCAGGAGAACAUCUCCUGAGCAAUAAUCCCAACCUACGCCUCAGUUUUUACCUUGUUGUUACAACAAAAGCAGGAUUCUGACGUGACCUAAAUGCUGCUGAACCUUUUCAAUUGUUUUAUAGCGCUGUUUGAGUUUUUAAUCAAACAUGCCUCCUUUUGCACGAGAGGCUACUAAUCGCAGGUGAUUACAUAUUCUAUUUUUGGUGCGUAAUUUGGACUAUUUUGCUAAUAAUAAAGAGGUUUUGACAGCGGAUAUACGAUCAGAAUACCUGAGACGUUACAUACGCUACAGUGCUUAUGUAUUCACCAACACUGAAAUCAUCAACCCAACAGAAUCUUUACCCGAUUCCAAGAUGAUCUCUUGUUAUUCAUGUCACACUCCGGUUCAGCCUCAUAUCCAUCUCAUUUCCAUGAAACACACCUUAACUUGUGUAACAUCACCAAGCCAAAAAAGAACACACAAUUAGCAGGCAUAUCCAAGAUCCCUUGAAAACAAAAAAAGAGAAGAGAAAGGAGAAGAAAGAAUGAAGGAAGAACUCUGUCAGUGAAACUACUCUGUUAGAGGUUUAUGGGUAUAUAUUUAAAUAAAUAUUUAGAUUUCAUUCAGUUGAACAGUAAACAUGUGGCAUUCAAUCCUUUCUUUUUUUUGUGGUGUAUUUAAAUCAUUUAUAUUUGUGUUUUAAUUGGUAGAACUUUCCUAAGGAUUGGAUUUGCCUUUAAAAGAAAUACAUGUAAAUGACUCAAAGCUUAUAGUUUUGAGAAUUCAAAGUGAAAUAAUCUUCGCCAUUCAAAUGAGUUCUUAUCAGAUAGCUAGCAAAAUGCUACAGCACUGUUGACCAGGAUCCUGCCUCGGACGUGGUUAAGAUGUUUGACUUGAAGGUUCAAAUCCCAAACACCAAUCUUCUACUGCUGGGCCCUUGAACAAGGCCCUCAACCCUCAAUUUCUAUUUUAUACAACUGCUCUGUUGUAUAAAACGCUAAUUGUAGGCAGCCCUGGAUAAGAACAUCUGCCGAAUGGCAUAUCCAUAAACAUACCAUCAACAGACAGUCAUUAUCAAGCUGGCAUGCUGUGGAAACCCUUGACCUUCAAACUUUGUAUUAGGUCACCAUAAGUCAGUCUGGAAUAAAGCAUCUGCAAAAUG